AUGCCUGCGCGCUUUGUUGCUUUUUUCGGUCUUUUGACCCUGGCGGCAACAACGGCCAUCCCUGACAGUACUGCCGCAAGAGUAAUCGAGAGAGAUGUUAUUAUUCUGGGAGGUGGUGCGUCUGGCUCUCACGCUGCUGUAAGACUCCGGGAGGACCUUAACAAAACCGUGGUUGUGAUUGAGAAGAAAAACCGACUGGGAGGCCAUGUCUCGACAUAUGACGACCCAAAGACUGGAAAGCCGUAUGAUGUCGGAGUUUAUUCGUAUACCGACUACCCGGGAGCUCGCGAGUUCUUCGACCGUUUCAACAUUCCGAUUCAGGAUCCGUUACGCCUUGCGCUAACAAACCUUUAUGCUGAUUUCGACACUGGCAAGCUCGCAAACUACUCAGCUCCUACCUAUAACGCCACUCAAGCUGGUCUCAGGCAGUACCUCACGCUCUGUGAAAGGUACGAGGAGUUCAUCCUCCCAUCAUACGCAAAGUUUCCCGACGCUGGCGAUGGAAUCCCCGAAGACCUGACGCUCAAGUUCUCCGAUUUCGUUAAGAAACAUCGUCUCGAAGCCGCCGUUCCUCGCAUCUUCCAAGUCACAGGUCUGGGAAUGGGCAACCUCGGAGACCAGACGACUCUAUAUGUUAUGCAGGCAUUCGGCGCUCCCAUUACUCGCUCUUUAUUAGGAAUCAUCGGAUCGUUUGUGCCUGUUUCCCUAAGGAAUCAGGAUAUCUACGACGCUAUUUCAGAGCAACUUGGAGACGAUGUUUUCUACUCCUCAACUGCUAUCAAGACCGUCCGCAGCGAAGAAGGUGUGGAGGUCCUGGUAAAGGGCGCCGAUAACACACGUACCCUCAUCCGCGCGAAAAAGCUGCUCAUCUCGUUUGAGCCCACGCUCGAUAACCUGAGGGGUAUCGAUAUUGAUGAGCAGGAGACCUCCGUCUUCGAAAAGUGGCAGUGGUCUGCAGUCUACGCCGGUGUCGUCUCCCACCCUUCGCUCUCCGACAGCUACGGCUACACUAAUAACGUCCCUACCAACUGGAUGUCUCUCCCCCGCACGCCUUUUGUUGAUGGAUUCUCUUAUCUCGGCGGUGAUAAUUUCCGCGUGCUUGUUUCCUCUACUGGGAACCUCGACAGCCGCGAGGCCCAGAGGAUGGUCGAGAAGUCCCUCAAGCACCUCGCCGAUGCAGGCACUAUACCUCCCCUGGGCAAGCAGCGCCCUGAAAUCAAGUAUUGGGCAAACCACGGACCGAUGCAUCUCCAUGUUUCCCCCUCCGAACUGAAGGCUGGCUUCAUUACGAAGCUAUACGCCUUGCAGGGCCGCAAGAACACCUACUUUACUGGCGGCGCUUGGACGGCGCAGUUCUCGACCAUCUUGUGGGAGUACAACAACCAGUUUGUUUUACCAAAGCUGCUAGCAGAGUUCUGA